AUGACCUCGCUCUUGUUCCCGUUCCAUUCAGAUCAUCAUUCUGGUCAACAUAUCCAGACUUCUGGCUCGGUGCAGCCCGCUAUCAUGCGCCUGAUACUCAGAGAUGCCAUACUCCGGCUCUGUAACAAUGACUUCAGCAUCCUAUCCCUCGCUAUAAAGCAACGUCAGGUUCCACAUUGUGCCAAACCAUUUCAUGUCAAUCGCGGAUCUGGAGAAGCUUCCCGUGGGGCUGCUCUGCUGACAUUGGAACGAGGCAAACCGCUUCUUAUCACAACCUCUGGUGCCGGUAGAGGUUUAACCUCGACGCCGAUGAGGAUAAACUAUGUGAGGAUUAAGGUGAUGGACAUCAUCCGCAACGUCAAGCUCAUGGUGCACAGUGUGUACUUGCCAUUUCCACAUAUUAAUCUUGUGGCUGCAGCUUACGACAGUCAAUCCAAUGGUGGAUAUCGAAGAUCACCAUGGCCUGUAAUUAAUCCUGAAAGUGUUGCUUUGGUGACACGUCUCCGUUUAUUUGUUGUCUUUUUGUGGACAGUCAAAGAUAGAAGAAAGGGGCCGAGGAAGGGAAACCCCUUCGAGUACCAAUCCGGUCCAUGUGCUGGCUUGGCAUGGAAAGCUACCUGA